CAUUAGUCUUUUAUUUCAAGGGUGUGUUCAUUGAGUGUCCAUCCACGGAAGUGAGAAAUAAACCGACCCUUUCAUGACCCAAAACAGAACAGAAUUUACAAACAAACAAAAAAGAGCAUGCCCAAGGAAUAAUACUACUUCCUCUGGUAACUAAAUUUUGCUUAAUAAAACUUCCGCCGCAAAACGCAAUGAGGCCUUAUGAUACUGUCCCUUUUUGUGUUAGCUUCAACAAUUUGAUAAAAUUGAAAGAUUCCGCGACUAUAGCCUUGAUUUGAACUUCACAAGAAUAUUAUAAUUGCACUCGGAUAUUGCAUUAAUAUUUUGGAGUGUGUGAUCGGGAGAGAGAAAGAGAAACAAGAAAGGUUCAAUCGUUCCGAAUGCACUUUUUGACGUUGAUGCUGAUAUCGCGCAUGCGCACUGGUGCAUAGCUCAGUGUGUGAGCGUUGAUUGGUUGCUACCACCUGUGCUAUAACUUUUGAUAGCCCACGGUAUCCAAUGAAUAUCGGCACGGUAUGAGCGUAUCAAAGACGGAGAACAGGUCGCACCGGUGCGAGUUAGAUUUAUUGUUCAAGAGCAUUUACUAUUGCACACCUUAUCAAAUUAGCGUGAGACCACUGGACAGAGUCAUCGAAACAGUUGGAUAGAAUCUCUCAAACAAAACUCACUUCAUUGGUCUCCGAUUGUCCAAUCAUGUCAUUCGCUCAUGGGGUGUAAAGUUUUGUGAUGAGAGUCACCUGGCCAAGUUAAUAGAACAAAUUAGAACUCGGUGGAUAACUUGACUUUGUAUCACUGACUUAAGCGAUCCUUCAGUUUUCGGGUUAACCACCGCGCGGUCAGUUAAGGGGUUGAGGCAAACGAAUGUCUGUAGCCUUUACAUGUAUCACACCAAAUCACAUUUCUUUUUUCACCAACACGAGGAAAUGGAAUCGCUUCUUGCGGCAACCACCAAACAUAUGUCUCCCAGGCAUCUUGCGAUGUUUGAGAUGUCACGAAGAGAGAUGCUUGAAAAAUAUAUUCAUCAAAAUGGACAAGACGAGAAUGAAUACCAGGGGAAAGUAAGAAGGAUGAGUGUAGAUACCACCAGUGAUCAGGAAGAAGAAAGAGGGAAGGAUGAGAGGACUGGUACUGCAGAGGACGAAGAGAUGGAGAGAAGGAGAGUGAUGGAAGAACAGAGGAGAAUCAUUGAGGAACAGAGGAGGAUAGUGGAAGAACAACGAAGGAGGAUGGUUGAAGAACAAAGAAGACAGCUGAUGGAGGAAGAAGAUGAGGAAAGAAGAUUGAUCCUUGAAGAACAGAGGAGACGGAUGAUGAGGGAAGAGCAAGAUGAAGAGGUUGGUGAGGAGGAGGAGGAGGAGGAGGUAAGGGAGGGCGAAGAUGACGGACCAUCAGAGGAUGAGAUGAGGGCUGAUGAUCCGAUUGGUAGACGUGAUACCAGCCACGCCCAUAUCGAUCUGAAUAUGAUGCGAGCCAACACUCAUCUCAAGGAGAUGAUUGAUAAGAACCGUCGAUAUGUUUCUACCCGCCUGGAGGACACCAACACCCAUUCUCCACCCCUCACCAAUGGUAGUAUCCAUAGCAACGAACAUGAUCCGUACCUGUCUCAUCGAGCUGCUCAUGGUGGAAGUCCCGAUCUACCACACUCCUACAUGAAAGCAUCUCACCCUCUUAUAAAGAAAGAAGAUGGUCUGAGUAAAAUGGAGAUGGAUGUUGGAUUGAAAGACGAGAUGAAGAUGACGUCUAGUCUUGAGGAUAGAGAUGGAGAGAAACCUCAGACGGAAUGGUCUUUUGAAGAGCAGUUCAAACAGCUUUAUGAACUCUCGAGUGAUUCCAAGAGAAAAGAAUUCUUAGAUGAUCUCUUCAGUUACAUGCAGAAAAGAGGUAAGUCUCCUUUUGCUAUUGGUAAACAAUCUUCAUUUAAAAAACCCUUGAUACGAUUAUUUAUAAUAUAUAAUUAUUUAUAAUACUUGUUUGUCAAU